UGGGCUGGAGGUAUACAAGCCACGGCAGACCACAUGUGUGUAUGUUGAUAUCAUUUUUAACUAAUUAACCACUACACCUACGCACACACUUAAUGCGGUUUGAGAGUGACGUUAGUAUGACAUACUCGUACCGUAACCUGGUUUACACUACAACUGCCAUAGUUGGAUACUUCUCUUAAUGUACUCCUGACGAGGCCUAUAACUGAUUUAGAAUAAGCUACGCAAAGAAAAAGGUCGAUGAAUAUGGUCUGCAAAAAAGAAAAAAGCUAGCAAAAACCGUCAAAAGCACAGUGAUUGGACUUUAAAAGCUCCGAUAUGUUGCUCAACUAGCCUCAAUGCAGUGCAGGCAAUGAAAAUUUUACUCCUGAAAAUCACCGUGUUGAAUGAAUUUUGUACGAAAAUUACCCGCUAUACGGUUGUGAUUAUGUAACAAUCAUGUUUGUGGUUUGUUCACUAUUGAUGCUUUGUAAUCUUAAUUAUUGUUUCUGUGAUGUCACUGUUUUUCAGCAUUCAUACAUAGAUUCUCGAUUUUAAGCCAGGUUCCCACAGCAAAGUUAGGUCCAAAACAGCACAACUAAGUCCAACCAAACAGGCAAUAUCCAAUUAAUAAAGUACUGUAUGUAAGGGCAUAAGACCAUCUGUAAAAUAGAUUAACAAGUGUUGGCUUUUUAGUUCUUUGGAAAUACUAACUCUUAGCAUAGAUAGUGUAGUAAGAGGGAUUGGAAACGGACCGCGAUUGUCGGCCAGUCCAGGCUGCGCAGGAAGUUAAUUCACUGCACCGGAAGCUAAUAAUAGUUUCUUCACAUCACUUUGGGAUGGCAGCACAGAUUACAGAGCAGACAGACAGCACAUGAGACCUUGAUAAGAGCUAGAGCUAAAGAGCAGUGAUGAGCAUCGAAGGUACAAGUCCAAAAUACCAGUCUACAUUUGUAUAGCUAGCUUGCUUGUCCAUUUUAAUAUUUGUCCCUUUUAAUACAGAGAAACACUCUACUGAGAUCAAGAGAAGCCACUAAGCCUCUGUUGUGGUUUAGUUUACUUCCUGUUCUAUGUGUACUAUUUAUGUACGUGUGUUCUCAAUGUUUUUAGUCUCUAUUAAACUGUCAACUGUAAACCAGUACUGAAUUGGUAACUUAGCGGUGAGUCCAGACCUAGCUAAGUUACGACAUAAAUUGGCGACGAGGAGUUAGAACUCUAUGAUGGCUACAGGACUGCUUGGGCACCUCGAGCAAUUCGAUCCAGCGUUGGAGGAAUGGCCGCAGUAUGUGGAGAGACUCGAACAGUUUUUUGUUGCGAACGAUAUCACUGGAGAUGGUAGUGCUGUGAAGAAGAGAGCUACCUUUCUCGCAGUAGUGGGCCGUAGUGCCUACAAUCUGCUGCGAAGUCUAAUUGCACCAGCAAGGCCUGCAGAGAAAACAUUUGAGGAGCUGGUGGAAGUGCUUACUGCACACUACAGUCCGAGGCCUACCGAAGUCAUGCAACGUUUCCGAUUCAACUCUAGAGCGAAGAAAGAAGGAGAGUCUAUUGCUGACUAUGUAGCUGCGCUGAGGAAGCUAGCCGAAUUUUGUAAUUACGGUGCUGCAUUGGACAAAGUGCUACGUGACAGGCUAGUGUGGGGAGUCAAGGACACCUACAUACAGAAGAAGCUGCUAGCAGAACGAGAGCUGACAUUGGCUACGGCUAUUCAGAUUACUCAAGGUUCUGAGACUGCAGAGAAGAACCUUCGUGAGAUGGGAAGCGAAUCCCAUAAAGAAGGAGUACAUUACGUCCAGAAACAGACGCCGAAACCGAUUAAAACUAACUCGAAGUGUUAUCGAUGUGGCAAGACGAGUCACAGUGGCAAUGACUGCCCGUACAAGGACUUUGUGUGUAGAGGAUGUCAUAAAGUGGGACACUUGCAAAAGAUGUGUCGAGCUGCCAAGGGACGCCCAAACCCGAAGAAGUUCCCCCGACAUGACAAGUAUAAGAAAAGGGCUGGAAUAAACCAAGCAAGAGAGUCUGGAGAAUCAGAUGACGAAGACUUCCUGCUGAUGGUAGAAGAAGUUGGAGGAAUCCACAGGAUCUACCAGCCCCCAAUAAAAGUACCCGUGAGUAUAGAGGGUACUACUGUGUGUAUGGAACUAGACACAGGUGCCUCAGUAUCUCUAGUAUCAGAGUCACAGUACAAACAGUUGUGGCCAGGGAGGAGCUUAGACCCAUCUGAUAUCAACUUACAGACCUACUCAAAGGAACCCCUUGUAGUAAUGGGAAGUUUUGAUGUUGAGGUUGUGUAUGAUAACAAAAAGGUGACCUUACCUCUUGUUGUUGUUCAAGGGAAUGGACCUUUGUUGUUUGGCAGGAACUGGCUAAAUGCUAUUAAGUUGAAUUGGUCUAACAUUCACUAUACCCAAGCUCCAGGUUUACAGGACUUACUGGCCAAGUACCCCGAUGUGUUCCAGAAAGGACUGGGUACGUACCAGGGACAAGAAGCCUCCCUUGUAGUGGACGCUGAUGCUGUUCCCCGUUUUAACAAAGCCAGACGUCUUCCAUAUGCUAUGCGAACGAAAGUUGAAGAGGAACUGGAGAGGCUGGUUCAGGAAGGCACUCUGAAGCCCGUGGACUAUGCUGAAUGGGCCGCACCAAUUGUGGCAGUGUUAAAGGGUGAUCGAACGAGUGUGAGAAUAUGUGGCGAUUUCCGAAUGACAGUUAACCCCGUUUCUAAACUCCAUCGUUACCCCCUGCCGAAGGUGGAAGAUUUAUUUGCAACCCUGGCUGACGGAAAGAUCUUUACUAAAUUAGAUCUGACACAAGCUUAUCAACAGUUAAAGCUUGACACCCAAUCUCAGAACUAUGUGGUAAUCAACACCCUAAAAGGGUUGUUCCAAUACACGAGAUUACCUUUUGGAGUGUCAUCAGCCCCUGGCAUUUUUCAGAAGACCAUGGAGACCCUGCUACAGGGUAUUGCUGGGGUAGUGGUGUAUUUGGACGACAUUUUGAUCUCUAGUGCAACCGAAGCGGAGAACCUGAAAUCACUCGAGGAAGUGUUGAAACGCCUAUCCGAAGCUGGUUUGCGAGCCAAACGAGGCAAGUGCACGUUCAUGGCUCCAUCUGUCGAGUUUUUGGGUCACCUGGUUGACGCUAAGGGUAUCCGACCCUUACCUGAGAAAGUCCGUGCUGUCCAGCAAGCACCUACCCCUACCAAUGUGACGGAACUGAGGUCCUACAUUGGAUUGAUUUCUUAUUAUGGGAAGUUCCUACCGAAUCUAGCCACUCGCUUAACACCAUUGUACAAGCUGUUAAACAAAGAUGUGCCAUGGGAAUGGUCAUCUGAGCAAGAACUUGCUUUUAACAGGUCGAAACAGCUGCUGACAUCAACAAAUCUGUUAGCUCAUUACAACCCCCAAUUACCUAUUGUUCUGGCCUGCGAUGCCUCUGCAUACGGAAUUGGAGCCGUACUUGCUCACCAAAUGCCUGAUGGUACCGAGAGACCGAUAGCCUAUGCUUCUAGGACUUUGAAUUCGGCUGAAAGAAAUUACUCGCAGCUUGAAAAGGAAGGACUGUCCUGUGUUUUCGGAGUAAAGAAAUUCUAUGCAUACCUAUUUGGUCGAAAAUUCACUCUAAUUACGGAUCACAAACCGUUAUUGAGCCUGCUGAGUGGACAGAAACCAACCUCAUUACAAGCCUCCGCAAGGAUUCGUCGAUGGUCAUUGGCACUGUCGAUGUACGAGUACGAGCUGAAGUUCCGAAACACUACAGCUCACGGUAAUGCAGAUGCUUUGAGUCGUCUGCCCUUAACUGACACUGUUCCUGAUGACCGAACACCACCAGAACUGGUGCUCUUACUGGAACAUCUCGAUUCCUCACCGAUCACGGCUGCACAUAUCAAAGAGGCUACCAGACGAGACCCAGAACUCUCUACUAUUCACCAGUAUGUGCAACAAGGAUGGCCACACCGUUCCGCCAUGGAAACCAGUCUAAUGCCCUUUUAUGAGCGACGAGAAGAACUUUCAGUACAUGAUGGUUGCUUGCUGUGGGGAAAUCGUGUGGUGGUACCCAAGACCUACCGAGGUGAUGUGCUCGUACAACUGCACGAAGGACAUCCUGGCACCACUCGCAUGAAAGGACUAUCGCGUAUGUAUGUGUGGUGGCCUGGUAUUUCGAAAGACGUCGAAGAGAUGGUACAAGAUUGCAUUCCCUGUCAACAACAACAGUCAAAACCACCUGUUGCUCCACUCCAUCCUUGGGCUUGGCCUACACGCCCGUGGGCCAGAUUGCAUAUCGAUUAUGCUGGUCCCAUUCACGGACAAAUGUUUUUGAUUAUCAUUGAUGCCCAUUCAAAAUGGAUUGAAGCAAUUCCAACAUCUGGCUCGACAUCCCGAGUAGUGAUCGAAGAACUACGGGUUUUGUUUUCUCAAUUUGGCCUACCAGAGUGUGUUGUGUCUGACAAUGGCACAUGUUUCACUAGUGCAGAAUUCAAAGGAUUCCUGAAGAAAAAUGGUAUCAACCAAAUUCUGUCUGCCCCUUAUCACCCCUCUACAAAUGGCCUGGCUGAACGAGCAGUGCAAGUAGUUAAGAAGGGACUUAAGAAGGAAACAAAAGGUUCGAUGCGCAGUAGACUUGCAACGGUGUUAUUUGCUUACAGGUUAACUGCACAGUCAACCACUGGACAAUCCCCAAGUGAACUUUUGUUAGGUCGUCGACCACGAUCUCGUCUAGAUCUGCUUAAACCGAACACAGCAGAGAGAGUUGAACGUCAACAAGCAAAACAGGUGAAACAACACGACAACCGUGCUCGCGAAAGAAGUUUUGAGCCCGGAGAUCUGGUGUAUGUCAGAAAUUACCAGUCAGGAAAUCGUUGGUUACCGGGUGUGAUACAGGAAAAGACAGGACCAGUAUCGUUUCGAGCGAAGAUGCAGAAUGGUCAAGUGCGAAGGUGUCAUGUGGACCAGGUUCGGAACCGAACAGUAGACGAACCUACCGAGCCAGAAGAGGUCCCUAUUCCGAAUGCAAUUCUUCCUGACGAAUUGACCACACCGUAUGCACCUCAAGCUGAUAGUACUCCUGGAAACAGCUCCCCUUCACCUGAAGUUGGUGUAGAACCACCUGUCGACGUCCCUAGUCAAGGUGUUGUCUCAAAACCUGCAACUGCGAUUAAAGUAUACCCUAAGCGUAACCGUAAGACUGUGGAUCGAUAUGAACCUAAAUGGUAGUUAUUGAUUGGAAACUGGUAUUUUAUUGGUAUUGUUUUGUCAUUAGUUGGAUGAUUUUUGUCAUUAGUUAAUUUUGUGAGUCCUCACUAAAGGAAGGAGGAAUGUUGUGGUUUAGUUUACUUCCUGUUCUAUGUGUACUAUUUAUGUACGUGUGUUCUCAAUGUUUUUAGUCUCUAUUAAA